CGGGUCUCUAUGCCAACGCGUUGCAGUAGCCAAAACUGGCGAAACAGUAUCAACGCGUAGCUCGACUGGAUUUGUUGUGUGUCGCGCUAUAUUUGUUAUAAUUUAUGUGGCAAUGUCAGCGCCCGAGAUAGAGUAACUAUUUGUACCAACCGCAACUGGAACAUCUGGAAUCAAGCCGAUUCUAUAAAGUGCUUAAGGUUAGAAGACUCCAUUGCACAAUGACCGAUCGCUAUGCGAAUGGGGUAUCCACCAGCUUGGUGGAGCCCGCCGCCAAUGGACAUUCUGCCGAGAUAAAGGAAGCCGAAACAGUCGGCCAGGAUGAGAAAAUUGUGCUCAAGCGUAAACUGACGCUGAUCAACGGGGUGGCCAUUAUUGUGGGCACCAUUAUUGGUUCGGGCAUUUUUAUAGCACCCACCGGAGUCUUCUACUAUACGGAAUCCGUCGGAAGCUCGCUUUUGAUUUGGUCUGCCUGCGGCAUUCUUUCAACAAUCGGCGCUCUUUGCUAUGCCGAAUUGGGCACCAGCAUCACCAGAUCCGGCGGCGACUAUGCCUAUCUGUUGGUCGCAUUUGGUCCACUUGUUGGUUUUCUGCGUCUAUGGAUUGCCCUGCUCAUUAUCAGGCCAACAACCCAGACUAUUGUUGCGCUUACCUUUGCACAUUAUGCGGCCAAGCCGUUCUUCGAGGAUUGCGAUCCGCCCCAAAAUGCAGUCAAGCUGCUGGCUGCCGUUUGCCUCUGUCUACUCACAGCCAUCAACUGCAUGUCCGUCAAGGUGUCCAUGAAGGUGCAGGAUAUUUUUACGGUGGGCAAACUGCUGGCGCUGAUAAUGAUAAUACUCGCUGGCCUUUAUUAUAUGGCCACUGGCAAGCUGGAUAACUUUUCCAAUCCCUGGGAGGGUAGUUACAGUACACGCAACAUUGGCUACGCUUUCUACUCGGGCUUGUUUGCCUUUGGCGGCUGGAACUAUUUGAACUUUGUCACUGAAGAGCUGCAGGACCCCUACAAAAAUCUGCCACGCGCCAUUUGGAUAGCCAUGCCCCUGGUCACGGGCAUCUAUGUGCUGGUCAAUCUAGCCUAUUUCGCUGUCGUCUCUAAACCGGAGAUGCUUAGCUCGCUGGCCGUUGCCGUGACCUUUGGCAACAAGGUCUUUGGACCGCUGGCCUUUAUGGUGCCCAUUUUUGUGGCGCUGAGCACAUUUGGCGGCGUCAACGGUGUGCUCUUUACCUCCGCACGUCUAUUUGCCACCGGCGCUCAAGAGGGUCAUCUGCCCAAGUUCUUUCAGCUGUUUCAUGUCAAGCAACAGACGCCGAUACCAUCUUUGAUAUUUACAUGCCUGAUGUCUCUGCUAAUGCUGCUAACCGAUAAUGUCUACGAGCUGAUUAACUACUUCAGCUCCGUGCUGUGGCUCUCUGUGGUGGCCAGCAUAGCGGGCAUGUUGUGGCUGCGUCACAAGAAACCGGAUCUGCCGCGGCCCAUCAAAGUACAUUUGGCGCUGCCCAUCCUCUUUAUGACCAUUUGCGUGACCUUGGUGCUGUUGCCCAAUUUCAAGGAGCCCGCCAAUCUGCUCAUUGGCAUUGCCAUCACAUUGGCCGGCAUUCCGUUCUACUAUGUAUGCAUUGCCUGGAAGCAGAAGCCCCGCUGCUACGGACGCCUAUCAAAUGCAAUGGUAGAGCUAUGCCGCGCCAUCUUCAAUACAACCAUUAUUGAGUCCAACGAGUCGCUGAAGUAAUAUAAUCCCCAACUACACCACUUUCCCACAUCCAUGCUAUGCAUUUUACCACACAAAGCAGAUAUUUUAUGCAUAACUCCAGCCAAGGCACUUCAAAACACGCCAAACAUUUUGUAUGAUAUUUUCGCAUAGACGUUAGCAUUCCUCAAAUCCAAAUAGGAAAAGCUUAUGCUAGCUAUAGUUUUUAGUUUUUGUAUUAUUUUUGUACUAAUUCAAGUGUUGGCAUUAGCUAAAGCUCUUGAUUUGCUAAGCAUCCACAGUUAUUGGGAAUUUCUCACACAGUUUAUAUAUACAGAUUUAUAUAUAUUUAUAUAUAUAUAUAUAUACGUAUGUACUUGCCUCAGUUGUGACACUUUUAGGGAAAACUAAUCUAUAAGCAAAACUUUAGUUCUUAAGUAUAAAAUAUUUAUCAAGUUGAACUCCAAACAUAUACAAAAUUUGUAAAACAUGGCUUAUUCGAAUGGAAGUAAUAAAUGUUAUUCGUGUAUGUAA